GUCUCUUUGCCUUCGGUUAGUUCAGCGGUGUAUGGACAGCUCCCCCGCCUGAAGCCCCUCCGCGUAGUGUGAUUAUAUCAAGUUGUGGACUUACCUGGGAUCUAAAGGAAUCUGCUGCAUGGAAACGGAAUGUCCUGGCAAGUUUCAUAAAGAAAUUGAUCUUCUACCCCCUGGUCCUGAUCCACAGGUUGCGCCCCUGCCCCUUGUUCUUUGGCCCCGAGCUCUCCCUCUUCCAUUGGUUAUGGGCAACCGCUGGUGAUCUUCACCCAGAACAAAGGGAUUCGCUCGGGUCCACUUAUUAUGCGGAAUAGUUGCUUGACAUUAGACAGUGAGCAGUAGGACCAGGGCCCACACCUUUCUGACUUUCCUUCUGCUCACUCAGGGGCUGAGUUGAAGUUCAAUAAUAAUGCCUAAAAGGGGGUUCUCUAGCCAAACCUGCUUAAUUGAAUGGAAAUCUCAUUCUAAGCAACUGCCCAAUAUUCAUGUAUUUCAACAUUUCUAUAGUGAUCUGUAUAUUUGCUCCUGGCUGUUUCUAUUCUCUGCGCCAGAGCCCAGCUGAUUUUAAUAGACCCGGAGGAAAACUGUUCUGUUACAUUGUUUCAGGAGUCAGAACCGGAAAAACAGAAAGGGAUAAACACCGUUUUCAACUGCUAUUGCAGUUACAAAUAAUGGUAAUCCUGUUAAAAAGAGGGUUUAGGGCAUAUUUGAGGCAAUUUGAAGCCAUGGAGAACUCUAUACAAAUUAUGGAUACUGCGCCUCAUGGGGAAUGUUCUGUAAAGGUCCCUGGUUCUAACAUAAGUGAUACCCAUAUGAGUGAAAGAGACUUUGCCAGAGAAUCUAGCAAAAUUCCACCACUAAAGCCAUGUUUUAAAAAAAAACAGGCUCCGAAAUUAUUAGACUCGGAAACAAUAAAUGCUCUACGGCCAAUAAUUACUAGUUUUUUGGGAUCUGGGACUCUUGAUGGAAUAUUUGUGUCUAGGAAUGGAGCUGGGAAUACAAGUAGUUUAUGUGAGCCAAUUGACAAAAAGGCACUGGGGAUAGAACAGCAGUGCACUCCAAACAAUUCACUGAUAUCUGGGAGUCCAAAUCUUAGCCCCUUAAAAGACCAGCCACCGACCCUUCAUACAGAGCAGGAAGAUAUUGUGGUACAUCAACCCACUGUAUUAGAGACAACGGAACCAACAUUUCCAUCAGAUAAUUCAAAUGUGACUGUUAAUAAUAAUAAUAAUAAUACUGCCAAUGGGUCUUUCCAAGAUCCUCUCCUGCAGACAGUCUCAACAGAUUUCACCAAUCCCGGCUUCUUGGAUAAGCUACCAGAAAGCUACUCUUCAGGGUUAUUCCAGGAUAAUGGCUCACUGGACCAAUACAGUUUAAACCAAAACAAUUCCAGCGCUGGAAUAUUUCAGGACAAAACAGAGGAGGCAUCUCUACUUCUUGUGUUCGAACUUCUGAAUCAGUUGCAAUAUCAUGUCCACCAAAAAGAUGGGGUAGACAUUUGUGUGGAUUUCCUACAAGGUUUGUGCUUUUAUGGAAAUGAUUGCCAGAAACAUCACACGGUGUUGCCAUAUCAUUGGCAGGUUAGGAGGAGAGCUACUGGCAUCUGGCAGAGUGUGAACGAUGAUUCUCAAGAGCAUGUGGAAAGACUCUACUGCAGUCCAGAUAGCGACCGAAUCAAAAUGAGAUAUCAGGGACACGAUUUUUUAGUAGACUUGAACUGUAUGGAGAUUUAUGAAUCUCUUGAAUUUGACCAAAUCCGACGACUGUCAACACCAACUACCUCUGGCGUGUCCUCUAAUUAUCACACUGUGUGGAAGUACUUUUGCCGAGAUCAUUUCGGGUGGCGAGAGUAUUCUGAGCCUGUUGUGAAGCUGAUAGAAGAGGCCAGCUGUCGGGGCCUAAAAGAGGUACGCUUUGUUACAUGGCACAACCAGUACAUACUGAAUAUAAAGGACGGAUUCCAGCAGAAUGCAUGCUUCCGGAAGGAAAUCAAACGCAGGCCCUUGUUCCGAUCCCCUGUGAUACUUCUGCCACAUCUCCAAACACUUAGCGGAAAAUCUCCCGUGGCAUCUCCAGCAAACCAAGCCGAUUCCCUGCAAAUCCUGUCUCCCAUAGCAAUUACCUCUCCCAACUUCUACCCCGAAACGUGGCUACCCAUGGACGCAUCUCAGGAGUUCAUUCAAGUGCCUAUGUCCAAGGAAGACAAAAGCUACAGGACGGUUUAUACUCUGUUUCACAAAACUGUGCCAGAGACCAGGUUCCGUGUCUUAAAGAUAAUGCGCGUCCAGAACCUCUUCCUGUGGGAAAAAUAUAAAAGGAAGAAAGAAUUCAUGACAAGGAAGAUGACGGGACUGGACAGAAUUAUGAAUGAAAGGCACCUGUUUCACGGGACAUCGCAGGAAGUUGUUGAUGCAAUUUGCAAACAUAACUUUGACCCCAGAGUGUGUGGAAAGCAUGCCACCAUGUUUGGACAGGGCAGUUACUUUGCAAGGAAAGCCAGCUAUUCCCACAACUUUUCCAAACGUUCCCCCAAAGGAGUUCACUAUAUGUUCCUGGCUAAAGUUCUAAGUGGGAGAUACAUUGUCGGGAAUCAUACCAUGAGAAGGCCUCCUCCUUUAAACCCAGGGAGUUCGACCAGUGACCUCUAUGACUCUUGCGUGGACAAUUUCUUUGAGCCCCAGAUUUUUGUUAUAUUUAACGAUGAUCAGAGCUACCCUUAUUUUAUUAUCCAGUAUGAAAAAGUUAGCAACACUGUUUCCAUUUAACAACAUAAAAAGCUGCUCCAAUAUCUCUUAGAAACCGUUAUUUAAAUUGGUGGGAAAAGAAACAAAAUAAAUCUACCCGUCUUGAUGGACAUACAAUGACCAACAGUACACUUGCCGCUAAAUUAUGUGCAUUUUGUAAAUAGAUUUUUCAAUGUUAAUAGUUUGUGUGCCUUUGUUAAUAAAAUGUUUAUUUAAUGAG